GUCAUUCCAAAAGGAUUUUUCUACUGUCUUGUCGAGUCAAAUCUCCUUGAAAAUGAGCACGAAGACCCUCCUGAUCCUUCUCCCCGUCUUCGUGGCGUAUCUUCUGAUAGGAGGAGGAGUUUUCCACGUCCUUGAGAGCGCGGAAGAGAUAAGAAUUCGGGAAAGAGUUUUCGGACUCCAGAAAACAUUUCUCGGCGGAGACUUAGUGGACGCCUUACAGCCCUUCUGCGCUAAGGACGCCGGGGAAGGGUACGAUACAGCCUGUUGUGUUCUCAGGUCCAACCUUACCACCAUACACGGUUUCAUGCAGUGGUACCUGCAAGAGACUUUGGACAACCUGACAAUCAGGCAAACGGACAACUCCAGCUGUAUUGCGAUGGAGGGUCUGCCGCUUCUGAUCAUCACGCCUGACCAGUUGAAAGACAUCGUGGACGUCGUUGGCUUGUCGAUAGACCGUGGACUCGACCCGAGGAGCACGGAGGGACAGAGUACCCCGCUAAGUUGGGACUUCCUGGGCGCGUUCGGCUUCACCAUCACGGUGGUUACCACCAUCGGGUACGGGAGUAUAUCGCCUGUUACCGUCGGCGGCCGGGUCUUCUGUGUCUUCUACGCCUUGUUCGGCAUCCCCCUGACGGCUUUCCUGCUCUCUAAGAUCUCCAAGGCGCUCCUGAAGCUCGCUUGCCGUGCGACCGGGAAGGUCUGUCGGGUCAGGCCGCAGUGGAACCGUGAUAGAGUCUACAAAGGCGCGCAAGCAGGACUUCUACUCAUGGGGUUCAUCUUAUUCUUCACCCUCCCCACCAUCACUGUCUGUACUACGGAGCAGUGGACCUACUGGGAGGCCCUGUACUUCAUGUUCAUCUCACUGUCUACUAUCGGCUUUGGCGACUACGUGAUUGGAAACAGGAAGGACAUCGAGUACUCUGCCAUCUACUUCGCAGCCAUGUUUGUGUGGAUCCUGGGCGGACUGGCCUAUCUCGUCCUGGUGUUCGAUCUGAUCACGCGAGGGCUGGAGAGCAUCGACGGGAAAGUCGAGUCGCUGGAAAAAUCGGCUGAGGAGAAGGAGGAAGAACUGAAAGACGGCGUGGAGAACGAAAUGAAGGAACUGCCUUCGGUCGAGACCGUGGCGCCGAAACGCAAGGCGGCGGGACACCCGCUGUUUCACCGGCAGAGUGAGGACGUCUCGACCUAGGUUCUAACGUCUAACACCGCGUUUCACGUGAACAACACAUGUACUGGUAUCUCUAUUAGACUUUACCACAUGUAUAUACGAUGUAUAUCAAAGGAGCUUUGAGACACAAAGAGAUAUUUGUAAUAUGUAUAGCGACGGAUGCGAUGAGCUUUUGCACUGACAAAAAGACUGUAAGGCAAGACUGUACGAUGUCAUACGGGUUGCACUGUUAUAAAUGGCAUCAGUAACCUGCUUAUUUUGCUGUCAUACUAAUAGUAAGAGAAGGACAACUAACCGACCGACUAAUUCUGACCGACCA